AUGGCAUCCGACAAGAAGUUGAAGCAGAAGGAGUUAAAACGUCGAAACAUAAUGGAUUCAGUGGAUCGCAUUGCGGAGUUUUCGGACAACUAUGAUCCAGAAAGGGACGUAGGCGAACUGCCGUUGCGACUGGAACGGUUGGAAAAAUAUUUCGAGCUGUUCGAGACGAUUCAAACUGAAUACGAGGUAUUGGAUGAUACGGAUCAGUUCUUGAAGGCAAAUUUACGAACAAGGGCCAGGUUCGAGGAACUUUACUUUCGGGUGAAAGCAAACUUGAUAACGAAGAUGCCACAAGCCGCUAUGGUCCAAGUACCGAUUCCAAGCGACCAAGCACCGGUCAUUGCUAAUACCGGUUUAUCGAAUAUUAAGUUGCCCACGAUUAAACUGCCAGAAUUCAGUGGAGACUUUAAUGAUUGGCUAACAUUCCACGACACGUUUUUGGCACUUAUACACUCAUCUACCGAGCUGACGACAGUCCAAAAAUUUCAUUAUCUUAGGGCUUCACUAAAAGGAGAAGCAGCGCGACUGACGGAAACACUUACCAUCACGACCGCAAACUAUGCUGUUGUUUGGCAGACAUUACUGGAUCGUUAUUCUAACAAAUACCUUUUGAAGAAAAAACACAUACAAGCGCUGCUAGACUAUCCAAAGAUUAAGAAGCAGUCAUCCUCGGCUCUGCAUGCAAUAGUCGACGAGUUUCAACGCCAUACUCAAAUUCUGGAACAAUUACAGGAGCCUGUUGAGCAUUGGAGUUCUUUAUUGGUUGAAGUUCUCACAGCGCGACUAGACGAUUUGACACUAACAGCUUGGGAGGAAAUCGCUGCAAAAGAAGAACAUCCGACAUUCGCGAACUCACAACAUUCCGAUCCUGUUUCUCAGUCGUCAAUGAAGAGACCAACACCUAAGAUGGUCAGUCACGCCGCUAUAGAGAAGACACAGUACCGCGGAUGUCCUGCUUGUAAUCAGCGUCAUUUAUUAACCAGCUGUUCCGUGUUCCAUGGCAUGCCGCUUAAGGAGCGCUUAGAACUGGUGAACAACAAAGCAUUAUGCAGAACAAAUCGCAUUUCUUCACUGGUUAGCAACUGCGGCGUGCAAUCCAACUCACACGUUGGAUCUAUUUUUAAGCAGACGAACGUUUUUUUGUCAACUGUAAGUCUGAAGGUCAGUGAUUCGCAGGGGAGGGAGCAACCAGCUCGAGCUCUGCUGGACUCAUGCUCGCAAGCAAACAUAAUAAGCGAACGACUGUGUAAACGAUUACGGCUAAAACGGCACAACAUUUACGUGGACAUAUGUGGAAUUGGCCACAGUGUCAAAACGGCUAAACACUCAGUAUCAGCUCGGAUUAAAUCGCGGUGCGGCAGCACCAGUAAGCUCGUUCACUUCAUAGUAUUGGAAAAUGUAACGACGGAUCUUCCCGCAGAAACGAUUUCUGUAGAAGAUUGGAAUAUUUCUUGUAACCUAGAAUUGGCCGAUCCCAAUUUCAAUAUUUCCGGAGAAAUUGACUUAGUUAUUGGAGCGGAACAUUACUUUUCAUUCAUUCGAAAUGGACGCAUCCGGCUGUCAGAAAAUCUGCCGGUAUUGGUGGAAAGUGAUUUCGGAUGGUUGGUAACUGGGUUAGCGGAUGUCGACAAACAAGGAGCACGUAUGGCGUGCAACACCAUUACAUUGGAAGCUCUAGAUGCGAAGCUAGAACGUUUCUGGCUGAUCGAGGAAAACUUUGCAACUACUUGGACAGUAGAGGAACAACAGUGCGAGAAAUUUUAUUCUACGACCACCACACGGAGUUCAGAUGGAAGAUAUGUAGUGAGGCUACCUAAACGAUCGAGUUUCGAAAAUCUUUUAGGUGAUUCAAAACCAGUCGCCAUUCGACGUUUCCAUUGUCUAGAAGCAAAAUUGCAGAAAGAUCCACCACUUCGCGUGCAGUACAAUAGUUUCAUGGCCGAGUACCUUCAAUUGGGCCACAUGCAUCCGAUACCUUAUCAAGGAAAAAACGAGGCCAUAGCAUUCUAUCUUCCUCAUCACCCGGUUAUAAAAAAGGAAAGCACUACAACGAAGAUUCGCGUGGUUUUCGAUGGAUCAGCGAAAACGACCAGCGGGCAUUCUUUAAAUGAUCUUCUACAGGUAGGCCCUGUUUUGCAAGACGAGUUGAUCAGCAUCGUUCUUCGAUUUCGUUUGUUUCACGUGGCAAUAGUGGCGGAUAUAGAAAAGAUGUACCGCCAAAUACUGGUACAUCCAGACGACCAGCCCUUGCAGCGCAUUUUUUGGCGAUUUGAUCCGUCUGAAGAACUCACUGAAUAUCAAUUAAGCACCGUUACGUAUGGAUUAGCUCCGUCAUCGUUUUUAGCGAUACGCACGCUCUAUAGCUUAGCAGAUGACUACGAACGAGAUUUCCCUGCAGCUGCAGUAGCCAUAAAAAAGGGGUUCUAUGUCGAUGACUUUCUGCAUGGGGCGCCGUCUGUAGAAUCUGCAAUCCAGUUGCGCGAUGAAAUGUGUGAAUUACUACAUAAAGGUGGAUUUCGACUGCGCAAGUGGUGCUCCAAUUUCAAGGAAGUCUUACAAGAUAUACCUCCAGAGUUGCGCACUACUCAAAGCGAGCUCCAACUCGAUCCAGAUGAAUCCAUAAAGACGCUCGGCAUUCUAUGGGAGCCAGCACUUGAUGUCUUCAGACUCGUGGUAAACGUGAAGCAGACCGGCGAGGGACCAACAACCAAGCGGAACAUUUUGUCUACAAUUGCACAGUUGUAUGAUCCGUUAGGGAUAAUUUCUCCAGUCACCAUCACCGCGAAAAUUUUAAUGCAGCAGUUAUGGCUACUCCCCCUAGGAUGGGAUGAAGAAGUCCCAUCGAAUCUAAAACUGAAAUGGGAACAGUACACCUCGCAACUAUCAAGUUUAUCGGCAUUCAGCAUAAAUCGGUUUGUCCUCACACCCCACCAUACAAAUGUGGAGCUGCACAUUUUUGCUGAUGCCUCUGAGGUAGCUUAUGGCGCGUGUGUGUACGUGCGAUCCUGGACAACGGGUGGAGCUGUCACAGUUACCUUGCUGGUCGCCAAGGCGCGCGUGGCGCCUUUACAAAGAAUAACCAUUCCCCGGCUGGAGCUGUGCGCGGCCGUAGUAGCCGCUCGUUUGUUCGACAAGAGUCUUCUCGAAAUAUUAAGUCCCGAGGACGAUAGUACGAUUUUUUACAUGACUUCAAAGGUGAAAUAG